GUUGCUGCUUGUCUUUCACACAGCAAUGAGGAACUGAGGAGACUGUGUCAGACUAUGCCGAGAUUCCUUUCUUUUUUAACAUAAAUGGAAGAAAACGUCCGUAAUGAGAACUUACAAGGGCAUUAAGUACACUUUAUUUUUCUGCUGUUACAUAUUCUGGGUGGCCAGUGGAGUGCUGUUUGCUGUUGGCAUAUAUGCUAAACUUGCCAAAGAAAAAGAUGUGGUGGACACACUGACCACGGACCCCGCUCUUCUGCUGCUCACUGUGGGCUCGCUCAUGUUCAUUAUAACAUUCCUGGGCUGUUUUGGAGCUCUGCGGGAUGCUUCCAUACUGCUGAAAAUGUUUUUAGGAAUUUUACUGGUUAUUCUGCUGCUGCAAAUUGCUGCUGCUGUCCUGGGCUUUCUCUUUUCAGACAUGGUUUUACACAGGACUGAACAGCUCAUGAAGAAAGCCAUUGUUCUGUACCGAGAGGACCUGGACUUAGAAAAUGUGAUUGACUUUGUGCAGAAAAAGUUCCUAUGCUGUGGAGUGGAUGAUUACACAGACUGGUCUCAGAACGUCUAUUUUAAUUGCUCUGAGAAAAACCCCAGUCUGGAAGCCUGCGGUGUGCCUUUCUCCUGCUGCGUACGACAACCCAACGAGACUGUGUUUAAUUCCAUGUGUGGCUAUGAGACUCAGAGGGAUGAGUCUUCACCCAGUGAGCGGAUCUACACCAAAGGCUGCCUGGAGAAGAUUGUACUGUGGGGGAAGCAGAACCUUCUGCUGGUGGGAGGAAUGAGCGUCAGUCUGCUGUGUCUGGAGAUAUGUAUGAUCGCACUGGCAGCUGUUCAACUUGGUCAAAUCCAGAAAGUUCAACUGAAGAAGAAGAAAGCAAGUGGCAGGCCACAAAACAGCACACCCUAUUAAAUACUAAACACUAGACUUCACUAAGACCCUAGCUGCGUUCCAAUGCCUAGGCUGCAUCCUAGAUAGGCUGCAGGUUUGACAUGAUUUCUGAGGGAAGCAACUGAUGUUUUCUUUGCAGCCCUCAGUUACCCACAAUUCACUACACUCAUCCAAAGUGAUUGAUAAACAGCACCGCGAAAACUGGGCAAAGGUAAAGGGAAACCAACACACCAACACUGGUGCACAACUGAUUUUUAAAAUGAUUGAAAAAAAAAAGAAAGAAAUAAAAGAGCAUACGAGUUCCAUGCCUCGCUACAUCACUGCAAAGCCUUGUUAGACUGAUUCUAAUGUGUAAGCAACAGGCUACUGAGAUAGAUUCUUCAAAAGACAGUUCUACCAAGGACCAUCCCUACCUAAACUGCAGCCUAAAAUUUGGAACGCAGCUACAGUGCAUCAGAUAUAAAACAUCACUAUGCACUAUAUGGACAUAAUUACUGAGACAUACACUAUAUUGCCGAAAGCAUUCGCUUACCUGCAUUGUGUUUGUUUGGUGAUGUAAGGCUUGGAUGAAGCUGCUCAGCCAUGGGAAUCCAUUCCAUGAAGCUCUCUAUUCUAUACUGUUCUUGAGCUAAUCUGAAGGGUACAUUUAUUUUGAAGGGCUGUAGUGAUUGACUCUGCAGAAAGUUGGCAACCACUAACUUGCUUUCAUUCCCAGUCACUUUCACUGUAUUAUAGUAUGGCUAUGGAAUAUUUAGUAGUGAGAUAAUGUCACGGCUGGACUUGUUGCACAGGAGCUGAAUCCUAUCGUAGUGUCAAGCUGGACUCUACUACCCAUGCGGCCUUGCGACUCCCUCCCCUCCCUCCCCACCGGCGCCCGCUUUGCUCAGUGUUCUGUCGAGUUGUGCUACCUUGUCAAACCGUGAUUCCUAGUGUAUAUUAAUGGUCUCGGUAAAAUCCGGAAUUCACUGGAGAUCCGAUUUAAACCUUAAGUUACUUACAUAAGAUUGCUAAUGUUAACAAGCUGGUAUAAACAGAGCUGUAAGCUCUUUAGCUGACAGUGUCUGCUCUUCUGCAGCCCAAGUCCAGAAAAAAAAACAAGAAAAAGCGGAUUUUAGUAAAAGGAGACCUUUAAAUGCAAGUGUUUCAUUCAGUCUCAUUGAC